AGCUUCUUUGCAUUACUGCACGAAAACGUUGAAAGAUAAAACAGUGUGUGCAGUAUAUGAAACAUUUAUUUAAAUAUAAAUUUGUCAUAUUGAAAUUAUAUUAUAUAGUUUUUAAAAUUAUUUUUAAUUUUUUGUUCGGAAAUAUACAUUAUAAUAAUAUAUUUUUGAUAACCUUAUGAUGUCUGACAAAAUAGUAAAAAGAGCACCUAAAAAAAAAGGAGCAAAUGCAUAUAAAUUGCCAGAUCCAAUUUCUGCUGGUGAAAUAUUGACAGAUAUGGGAAAAAAACAAUGGAUUCUUGGCGUAUCAAUCGGUAUUGGUGGUUUUGGUGAAAUUUAUUCUGCUGCACCUUAUAAUGGAAAAGUUCCAAAUGAAUAUCCUAAUGUAAUUAAAAUUGAACCACAUGGAAAUGGUCCAUUAUUUGUAGAAAUGCAUUUUUACAUGAGAAAUGCCAAACCAAAUGAAAUUGAUAAUUGGAGAAACAAAAAGAAACUUCCAGCACUUGGUAUGCCUCGAUAUAUUGGCUCUGGUAGUCAUGAAUAUAAAAAAACAAAAUAUCGAUUUAUAGUAAUGGAACGAUAUGGUACAGAUUUAUGGAAAUUAUUUGAAGCAAAUAAUCGAAGAUUUCCAGAACAUACAGUGUACAAAGUAGCUUUACAAAUAAUAAAUGUUCUAGAAUAUAUCCACCAUAAGACAUAUGUACAUGCAGACAUAAAAGGAGCAAAUUUAUUGUUAGAUUUAAAAUCUAAAAAUCAAGUUUAUCUAGUAGAUUUUGGAUUGGCUUCUCAUUAUACAACAAAAGAUGAAUAUAAAUUAGAUCCAAAGAAAGCCCAUAAUGGAACUAUUGAAUACACCAGCAGAGAUGCACAUAUGGGAGUACCAACAAUGCGUGGAGAUUUUGAAAUUUUGGGUUAUAAUAUGAUUCACUGGUUAUGUGGAUCACUUUUAUGGGAGAAAAAUCUGUCAGAUCCAAUUGCAGUACAAAAACAAAAGGAAAAGGCUUUUGAUAAUAUUCCAGAAUUUUUAAAUAAAUGUUUUCAUGGAACAAUUUCAAAUACUAUACAUAAAUAUAUGACUUUAUUAGCAAGUAUAAAAUUUAAUCAAAUACCAGAUUAUGAAAAAUUUAAAAAAAUAUUAAUAGAGGGAUUAAAACAAUUAUCACAUAAACCAGAUGGAAAGUUAGAAUUUAAAACUGAUAUCAAAAAUAUUUCUCAUAAACAAAUUCCAAAAACUACACCACAAAAAAUAAAAAAUAUAAUUAAUCAAAAAAGAAAAAAGCCUCGCAUAAAAUCAACAAAAAAUACAAGUCCUGUGAAAAGUCUUGAUGAUAGCAAUGUAGGAGUUGUAAUAGACAAAAAACGUGGUGGUGUAAAAGAUAUUAAACUAGCAUUAAAUGAGAUUGAAUCUGAUGAAGAAUAUGAUAUAAAAAUAGUUAAAAAAGCAAAAAAAAAUUCUAGUUCUGUAAAUAAAUAUAAUGAGGAAAAAAGUCCAGUUAAAAGCAAAAAAAUUAAUUAUAUUCACAGUGAAUCUGAUUCUGAACCAGAGAUAACAUCAAAAGGUACUAAAUCGCGGCCCAUAAAUACUCGAAAUGCAACGUCUAAAAAUACAAGAGCAAAAAAUCAGGAAAGUGCAUCUGAAGAAGACAUGUUUAGCACGUAAUUAUAAAUAUGACGUGAGUAUUAAUACUUCAAAUGUUUAUACACAUUGAAAAUCCUUAUUUAGUGGAAUUUUGUAUAUUAUUGUAUUUAUAACAACUUGUAUUUAUAAAACUAUUGAUAUAAUUAUGCAAAAAAAA